UUCUUUUGUUUUUCGGAAAACAUUUUGUUGCUCGCGUUGUCGCCGUUUGUUGUUUGUUUCGUUUCGGCGGUUUUUCGCGUGUUGUGCAGCAAGCGGACCAAACCAGUUCAGUCAUACACAUUUUCGUGGAGGAAAACACACGUCAAUGUAAAUGUUUGAUUGUUUUUCACUUAAAACGGAGCCAAAAAUCGAGCCUCCUGUUUGUGUGCGCUAGUGUGUGUGUUUGUGUGUGAAAAAGUGAAAAUGCUAUUUGGGCCAUAAUUGUAUUGAAAUUCUUAGCAACAACAAAAACCACCUUAAAUUUGUGGCAAGAAAAAAAUAUAUAAAGGAAAACACGGAAAAACACGAUGAAAAAAAAUAACGAAAAAGCUUCAGGCAAAGAAAUGAAAAAGUGAGCGGCGUCUUUCGAUUUUUGCUGCCUUUUAGCCGUCUUUCGUGUUGCGGUUGUUGUUCUUUCAGAAACCGUAAUUAAAUAAAUAUAUUAAUUGAAAAUUCAACGAAUUGGCGGAAUUCGCUCUCGCGUUUUGCCCUCUCGCUCGCACUAAUGGGCUGGCCUGACCUCGGCUAUCAUAUGUUCCCCGCGUUGUUGUUGUUGUUGCUUUGAAUGUUUUGUGUUUGUUGCUAUGCUGAGAAUUUGUUCUCUUUGCCGUUGAAGAAUAGCUAAAAAUAUAAUACAAAAAUAAAUAAAUACAAGAAAGCCAACAAAGAAAACAGUUUUCGAUCGAUCCCAGAGGAUAAAAACGCCACGUCUAUUGUUUUAUUGGACAGUCAUGACCUCUGCGGCUGAGGAGGGGUCAGUGAUGACGCCCCUAAAGUUUGUGUCCAGGUGCUAGGAUCUGCUCUUGGACAACUGUUGGGUGGACUACAACUGGAGUUACCUGUUAAUCCAGAACCAAAAGGAAGCACCCACAACACAGACAGAUAGACAACUAAAAAAACACACACAUAUCCGAGGUAGAUCGUGGCCAGGCCGAAGAAGGUAACCUGAUGGUUGUGGCUUGCGAAGAUGCCCUCAGCGAACACCGAAGACUUGCGGCGAAAGUUUCUAGUAGUGCAGCAGCAGCGCUCCGCACCGCCAAACCUGGCCGGCGACAGCCUCCAGCCGGCGGUACCCAAUGCCGCUGCAACCACCAGCCUGAUGAUGACCACGUCCACGGGUCUGGGCAUGGGCAUGGGCCUGGGCGAACCGGAGCGAACCUAUGUCUUUCCCGGUGGCAAUCCUGUAGUAGGUAGCGCUCCCGGUGGAGGACAGGGAAUACCCGGAGUGGCCAUAGCGGCUCCAUCACGCGGUCAUGCCCGCUCUAUAAGUCACGGAGGAGGCGCCAUAGUCGGGGCCAAUGGACGACCCAUUAAAUCCGCCAUGAAGGGCCACCAGCGAGCCUUUUCCCAGGGUCAAAUCACGGACUCGCCACCUGGAAGUGCUGCGCCCGCGGGUAGGGGUCACAGUCGUGUGGGUUCCAAAACGGAUUUCAUCCUGCCGCCGGGUCACAAGGAGGAACCGGUGAGGGAACCCUCGGCCCCAACUUCAGCGACUGGCGGUCGUGGCCAUUCCCGGCAAGCAUCGCGCUCCGAAUCCAUAUACACACUGCGGCGGACGGAGGCGCCACCCUGGUGGAAACGCUUCACCCUGUGCAACUACAACACCAGCGAUAAGUUCGAGGAGCGUAGCUACCGGAUGGUGGUGCCCAAUCACACAGUGCCGCCAAAGACGCCCAAGAGGGAUCAUCCCAAUGGUCAGUUUGUGGGCAAUAAGAUCCGGACCACCAAGUACACGCUGCUCUCCUUCAUACCCAAGAAUCUGCUGGAGCAGUUCCAUCGAGUGGCCAAUUUGUACUUUAUCUUCAUUGUCCUGCUUAAUUGGGUGCCGAAAAUUAAUGCGUUUGGCAAGGAGGUGGCCAUGAUACCGGUGCUAUUUGUCCUGGGAGUGACGGCAGUGAAGGAUCUGUUUGAGGAUCGACGAAGAAGGGCGUCCGACAAGAGGAUUAACAACACCACCUGCAGGGUAUACGAUGGGGAGACGGAACGCUAUAAGAAGGUGAAAUGGCAGGACUUGCGUGUUGGGGACAUUGUCCACCUGUCCAACAACGAGACAGUGCCGGCGGACAUCCUCCUGCUCCGGACAAGUGACCCCCAAGGGGUCUGCUACAUAGACACCUGCGAUUUGGAUGGUGAAACGAAUCUAAAGCGUCGCGAGGUCGUACGUGGCUUCGAGGAAAUGCAGAGCAUUUUUGUGCCCAGCAAGUUUGUGAGUCGCGUGGAGGCGGAUGCGCCGACAACGAAGCUAUAUAGAUUCCAUGGGGCCUUAAUACAUCCAACAGGGGAGCGUGUGCCGAUAUCGACCGAGUGCCUUUUGCUAAGAGAGAGCAGACUGAAGAAUACGGAUUUUAUUGAGGGUAUCGUGGUCUAUGCGGGACAUGAAACAAAGUCGAUGCUAAACAAUAGUGGUCCGAGGUACAAGCGCUCCCAGGUGGAACAGCAAAUGAAUAUUGAUGUGAUAUGGUGUGUGAUAAUUUUGUUGUUACUGUGCGUUGUCGGCGCCAUCGGUUGCAGGAUGUGGCUUAGUUCGUUCACCAACUUUCCGGUGCCCUAUCUUCCCUUCGAGGUGAAUGCCAACCUCGAGGGCAUGUGGACCUUCUGGACGUACAUCAUUAUUCUGCAGGUGAUGAUACCCCUGUCCCUGUACGUGACCAUCGAGCUGUGCAAGAUCCUGCAGGUCUUUCACAUCCACAACAACAUCGAUCUGUACGAUCAGGAUACCAAUAAGCAGACAGAAUGUCGAGCGAUGAACAUCACCGAGGAGUUGGGCCAGAUUCAGCAUAUAUUCUCCGAUAAGACCGGCACUCUCACCGAGAACAAGAUGAUCUUUAGGAGAUGUGUGGUCAAUGGAGCAGAUUACAAUCAUCCGCCAUCGGAACUGGAGAAGAUCUACUCAAAGCCGGGGGCACCAGCUCCGCCGCUGCUGCCGAAUGAUAACCUAAUCAAUGACAUGGCGCAGUUUAAUCAGGGAGCAUAUCUAACGUCACCGGCUCAACGCAUCCAGGAGUUCCUGGUGGUGCUGGCCAUUUGUAAUACGGUCAUUGUUGGGGCCGCUCCCCAUCGUGAUCUGAUGAAUGCCAGUGGCAUUAUCGAAGUGCAGCAAACGGGCAAUAAUAGUCCGGCAAAUCUGAAGAUGACAAAGCAGCGACAGAAGCUUCUCGCCGCCAGCACGACAACAACGACCACAACGACCAUACUGAAUGGUUCGGGACCACAGCAGCCGGGAUCUAUUCCAGCAGAUCGUUAUAUUCGCCUGGCAGAGUCUCGAUCGGUGACACCCUCGCCACCGCCCAACCUGCUGUUUGCCCUGCCCGCUCAGAGCCAUCAGCCGACACUGUCACCGAUCAGUAGUUCGGCGGAAUCGUCUCCAAAUUCCGAAUCGGAGUCCCCAUCUCCGCCGAUGAAAAACAAGGCUUUGUCCAACAGUAUUUCACCCACAGGAAGAGCCAAGGCAGUCAUCAACUCGAAGAUUACCAGCAUAGCCACCUUCCUGAAUGCCAAGACCCAAGGAAAGCGAAUGAAGAUGAAUUCAACCAAAACGGAGACGAUAUAUCGGACUGCCGAUGGACGACCCCUUUACGAGGCUGAGAGCCCGGAUGAGCUGGCUCUGGUGAAUGCCGCCUACAGCUACGACUGUUGCCUGCUCAAUCGCAGUGCUAAUCAAAUUCUGGUCAGCAUGCCGACGGCGGGUGCCACGGUGGAGUAUGAAAUACUCAAGGUCCUGCCCUUCGACUCUAGUCGCAAGUGCAUGUCGAUUGUGGUCCGACGCACCGGCACCCAGGAGAUUGUGUUGUACACCAAGGGAGCGGAUAGCUCCAUCAUGCCUGUUCUAGCACCCUGUGCGCACAAUAGUCCCGAGGGCAUCCUACGAGAACAGACCCAGCAGCAACUGGAUCGGUAUGCUCGAGAAGGCCUGCGCAUCCUGGUAAUGGCCAAACGCACCUUGAAUUCUGCCGACUAUACGGAUUGGUGGGCGCGGCAUCAAGAGAUUGAAAUGUCAUUAGAAAAUCGCGAGCGUAGGCUUCGUGAUUCAUUUGCCAAGCUGGAGAGCAAUCUGACUUUGCUCGGGGCCACUGGGAUUGAGGAUCGCCUGCAGGAUGGAGUGCCAGAGACGAUAGCAUCGGUAUUAGCAGCGGGUAUCUCUGUUUGGGUGCUGACGGGAGAUAAGCCCGAAACCGCCAUAAAUAUUGCCUAUUCUGCGAAGCUAUUUACUCAGCAAAUGGAGCUGAUCAAAUUGACAGCUCGAUCUCGCGACGCAGCAGAAACAGCCAUUAAUUUCUAUCUGACUGACAUAGAGAAUGCCAAGACAUCCUCCCUGGGCUAUGGCCAAACCUUGAGGAAAAAGCAGAGAGCCUUAGUUGUGGAUGGCAAGACGCUUACCUUUAUCCUGGAUCCCAAGUCCAAACUGAUACUGCCAUUUUUGCGGUUGGCCAAGCGAUGUGCUUCGGUGCUCUGCUGUCGCUCCACGCCGCUGCAGAAGGCAUACCUAGUCAAAGUGGUCAAGGAGGAGCUGAAUCUGCGUACCCUGGCCAUUGGCGAUGGCGCCAACGAUGUGUCCAUGAUCCAGAUGGCGGAUGUGGGGGUGGGCAUCUCCGGGCAGGAGGGCAUGCAGGCCGUAAUGGCCGCCGAUUUCACACUCUCCCGGUUUCGUUACUUGGAGCGGUUGCUUCUCUCGCAUGGCUAUUGGUGCUACGAUCGCUUGUCCCGCAUGAUUUUAUAUUUCUUUUACAAGAAUGCGGCCUUUGUAUUUCUGAUAUUUUGGUAUCAACUAUAUUGCGGCUUCUCAGGGUCUGUAAUGAUGGACCAGAUGUACUUGAUGCUGUACAACUUGAUAUUCACCUCGCUGCCGCCCUUGGCAAUUGGAGUGUACGACAAGCGAGUGCCAGAAGAUUUACUGCUAAAGAAUCCGUAUCUCUAUAAAAAUGGUCGACUGGGCUUGGCUUACAGACCGCACGACUUUUGGCUGAUACUGCUGGAUGCCCUGUACCAGAGCCUUGUUAUAUUCUUUGUGGCGCUGUGCGCCUACGCAGAGAGUAAUGUGGGCAUCUGGGAGUUUGGCACCACCAUAACGGCCUCCUGUCUGUUUGCCAAUCUGGUGCAUUGUGCCAUUGAAAUACGCUCCUGGACUGUGCUGCAUGUCAUAUCCAUUGCGGUUAGCCUGGGCUCCUUCUACCUCUUCUCAAUUGUGUACAACUCGAUGUGCGUCAAUUGCUUUGGCCUGCCCUCCACCUACUGGGUGAUCUUUGUGUGCUUCGGCUCCGCUGUCCACUGGCUGGUGAUACUGCUCUCCACAGUGGUGGCUGUGCUGCCACGCCUGCUGCUCACCACAGUGCGCAUCUCGCUGUGUCCCGACGACAGCACAAAGGUCAUACUGCAGAGCAAGCGGGAGCGCAGCAGAGGUGAGGGUUUGUUAGUUACUUGGUCGCGCUCCACUUCAGCCUCAUCAAUCUAUAGAAUCACCGAUUAUGGGUCUAAGAAUCAGAUUAUAACAACGAUUACCUGAUCGAGCGCCAAAAUGCAAUUCCUCGGCGGCUAUCUCAGCGGCAAACAAACUCUAGGAUAAGGAAACACGAUGACUAGCAAACACCCAUGAACAUGAACUUGUACACAAGUGCUUUCACCCUAAAAUAAGUGGCCUUCGACACCGAUUAUCAGUAAUAAUGUUUCGUUAGUUUAGUUCAUUUAGCCGCCCUGCAAAUUAUUAUAUCGUAAAUGUACUUAGUAACCAAUUGAAUUAACUGUUUAGCGAAGAUUUCCAAGUUAACUAUCCGCGAUUUAGUUGAAAAUGUGCCUCGAGGAGGGCACGCUUGCAUAUUUAUUUGUAUAUAAGUAGAGAGUUAGCGUUAGUACCUAGAACCGUAGCGAAGCAACCUAACCAACCUAACGACUAUUGUUUAACAGAACCGAAAAUACAAUGCUAAUUACUGAAACUAGAUACAUGUAAUGCCUAGACCUAGAUAUACAUAUAUAUAUCACCCUAACAGAAAUACUUGACAAUUCAAAACACAACAGAACUCUGAUGGUUCGAUGAAAAGGCUGUGAUUCUACACUCAUGAAGGAUAUAUACCUAAGCAUAAGGAUUAUUAUUAUAUAUACACGCAUACCGAAACCCAAAACUAAACCUAAAUCUAAACUAGAUCCGUACGUUAGUAGUUGCAUUGAUUCGAGUAUUGACAUCUCCUCUCCACUCACCUUCUGUGUUUCUUAGUUUGUUGUUCUUUGGCGAGCAAGUGAGUUUUUUACUUUUUUAUUGAGGGUAUUAAUCGAUCGUUGUAAUCCAUUAGUUUUUACUACUAUGUACUAAAAAGAACCCUAAAUGCAAUUCGAAAUUAAAUUGGUACGUGUUGACACUGGAA